CAGACCAUCCACAGUUGGCAGCCAAGCUUUGCAAGUUUUAUUUCGGAAAUGUUUCUCAACUUCUUUCUAGGUACAGAAGACCACCUGCACCAUCUCUUGCUGGAUGAGAGCCACUCUCUGCAGACGUAGUCACAGCUGGUAUUUCACCAGCAGAUGCCAUGAUUCAUUCCACCAUAAUGGCAUUGGGUAGUCUUUGUCAACUCUCCUGCUUGUCAGAAUGAUGUAAAAACACUUCAGAAAUAUACUGGAAAUCUUCAUGAGUAGUCAGGAAUCUUCAAAGGAGUGGGAUGAUUCUGCAAGAACUCCCACAUUCUUAGUGAUUGCACAGUGCAGUCUGAUCAACCCUCAUGAAAAGGACAGCUGCUUCAUCUCGAUGAACCCAUCGUCAAAAAUCACACGAUGGAAUAUUACACAGCAAUGACAAGGGAUGAACAACGGGCCAUAAAACCAUAGCUCAGAGAUGGCUACUCAAGUUCAUGGUUACCCUCACGCACAGAUUCUGAAGGCUACUCUUGGCUACAAUUCAGGUGACCAGUUAAUCCUGACAGAAGCUCCCAAACCUCUGUAAUUCAGCCCUCUCAUCCUUGUGACGUGGAUUACCUUUCUGGCUACAAAUUGGAUCAUGGUGGCUCAUCACAGUGUUGUUCUCCAAGCCCAGAAGGUUGAGAUAUCCAAAUUUCUUUUUUGUAUGGCGACCCAAGUCAUAUAAGAUGAUGGGCCCAACCUGCUCCAGUAUUACCAUACAGUCACAUUCUGAAAUUCUGAGGAUCAAGACUUCAACACAGAAAUCUGGAAGGAGGAACACAAUUCAAUUCCUAACAGCAGUAUAAAUGGAUCCCCUCUCUAGUAUGAUUUUUAGACUUUAUACGAAACAUUCUCAUUAUUUCUCAGUUAUUUCUGGCGUAAUGAAUGAAGUUUCUUCUGAACGUGGCAAGAAGUGUGAACCACUUGGCUGCUCAACCACAAAUGGGGAUUUGCAGGGAGAAGCUGGAGCUGUGGUCUCCAUUUUCCUAAGAAUGGUGCCAAGAAUAAAAAGCAAUGAAGGAUAUGGGUAUUCCAACAGAAACUGGAAAAAAGAAAAUACAAUGCAUUCACUGGACAGAAAUAUUGUGGACAGGGGGCAAGCAUUGGGACAGUGGAAGCGGAAAAGCGAGGGGCGGUCGAGCUGGGCCGCGGCCACCUGCUCGCCGUGCUGCUCUUUGACCUCGCCGAGUGUAAAGAAGAUCCGCAGCCCCACGCAGCAGGACCCGCGCCACCGGGACCCCCAGGACGACGUGUACCUGGACAUCACAGAUCGCCUUCGUCUUGCCAUUCUCUACAGCAGACCAAAGAGUGCAUCAAAUGUACAUUAUUUCAGCAUAGAUAAUGAACUCGAAUAUGAGAAUUUCUCUGAAGACUUUGGACCACUCAAUCUGGCAAUGGUUUACAGAUAUUGUUGCAAGAUAAAUAAGAAAUUAAAGUCCAUUACAAUGUUAAGGAAGAAAAUUGUUCAUUUUACUGGCUCUGAUCAGAGAAAACAAGCAAAUGCUGCCUUCCUUGUUGGAUGCUACAUGGUUAUAUAUUUGGGGAGAACCCCAGAAGAAGCAUAUAGAACAUUAAUUUUUGGAGAUACAUCCUAUAUUCCUUUCAGAGAUGCUGCCUAUGGAAGCUGCAAUUUCUACAUUACACUUCUUGACUGUUUUCAUGCAGUAAAGAAGGCAAUGCAGUAUGGCUUCCUUAAUUUCAACUCAUUUAACCUUGAUGAAUAUGAACACUAUGAAAAAGCAGAAAACGGAGAUUUAAAUUGGAUAAUACCAGACCGAUUUAUUGCCUUCUGUGGACCUCAUUCAAGAGCCAGACUUGAAAGUGGUUACCACCAACAUUCUCCCGAGACUUAUAUUCAAUAUUUUAAGAAUCGCAAUGUUACUACCAUUAUUCGUCUGAAUAAAAAGAUGUAUGAUGCCAAAUGCUUUACAGAUGCUGGCUUCGAUCACCAUGAUCUUUUCUUUGCGGAUGGCAGCAGCCCUACUGAUGCCAUUGUCAAAGGAUUUCUGGAUAUCUGUGAAAAUGCUGAGGGUGCCAUUGCAGUACAUUGUAAAGCCGGCCUUGGUCGCACGGGCACUCUGAUAGCCUGCUACAUCAUGAAGCAUUACAGGAUGACAGCAGCCGAGACCAUUGCGUGGGUAAGGAUCUGCAGACCUGGCUUGGUGAUUGGGCCUCAGCAGCAGUUUUUGGUGAUGAAGCAAACAAGCCUCUGGCUGGAAGGGGACUAUUUUUGUCAGAAGUUAAAGGGGCAGGAGAAUGGACAACACAGAGCAGCCUUCCCCAAACUUCACUCUGGUGUUGAUGACAUUUCCAUAAAUGGGGUAGAGAAUCAAGACCAGCAAGAACCUGAACCUUACAGUGAUGAUGACGAAAUCAAUGGAGGGACACAAGGUGAUAGACUUCGGGCCCUGAAAAGCCGAAGACAAUCAAAAACAAAUGCCAUUCUUCUCACAUGUCCCCUAGCUGUGCUGACCUCUGCACUGUGUAGUGUUGUCAUCUGGUGGAUUGUUUGUGACUACAUUCUUCCCAUCCUGCUAUUCUGUCUCAAUGGUUUCAGAACAUAGUGGCCAUCAGGACCCCCUGACAGAUAGCUGCUUCUCUCCAUUUCAAGGACUAAAAUGGUCUUGCAUUAAGUAAAAACCUGUGACCAGAACUGAAGGAAGACUCUAGGAACUGAAAACUGCAAUAGAAAUCAGCACAAUUUGAAAACAAAAAUUGCAAAAGACUUAGUUGCUUUCCACCUAAGAAGCUGAUCAAUGGAGAAAAUGUCCACUGGAGUUUCAGUAAUGAACUUUGAGUUUGAGUGCAAGCGAAUGUACCGAGACCAGCUCAGUGGGGGAGACCCUAACCCAGUGAUGCUAGAGGAAUUAAAGAUACACACACAGAAAUACAGAGGUGUAAAGUGGGAAAUCAGGGGUCUCACAGCCUUCAGAGCUGAGAGCCCCGAACAGAGAUUUACCCACAUAUUUAUUAACAGCAAACCAGUCAUUAGCAUUGUUUCUAUAGAUAUUAAAUUAACUAAAAGUAUCCCCUUAUGGGAAACGAAGGGAUGGGCCAAAUUAAAGGCAUAGGUUGGGCUAGUUAACUGCAGCAGGAGCAUGUCCUUAAGGCACAGAUCGCUCAUGCUAUUGUUUGUGGCUUAAGAAUGCCUUUAAGCGGUUUUCUACUCUGGGCUGGGUGGGCCAGGUGUUCCUUGCCCUCAUUCCAGUAAACCCACAACCUUCUAGUGUGGGCAUUAGGGCCAUUAUGAACAUGUUACAGUGCUGCAGAUAUUUUGUUUAUGGCCAGUUUUGGGGCCAGUUUAUGGCCGGAUUUUGGAGGGCUUGCUCCCAACAAGAAUGACUCAAAAGAACGGCCCAGCUCUCAAGCUGAACGACAAAAAUGCUGUUGUAAAUUUAGUCUCAGGUGUAAAUACCCAAGCCCUCUGGUACUCAGGUUGCCGGCUGGUCUGUGGUGCAUGUGUGUCCCUGUGAUGGCAAGCAUUGUAGUUGCUGGCCUUCAGAAGAAUUGAGGAUCUGAUGGAGGUUUUUUAUAUAUUUAUCUUCUGUUCACCUUGUGACCCAGUGUCAAAAUGUAUAAAGAUACAAAAGGCAUUACUGAAAUGGUACUUUCUGUAAUUUGAUACUAUUUGGCUUUAUCAUCUUCACUUGACUACUUGUAAUACUGUUGUAAUGUUAACUCUGUUAAGUACCUAAGCUGCUUGUCUUCCACCAAAGAGUGCUUUAUUAACAAGAAUCUGUGAAAACCACA